ACAAAUAGGAUCAAAUAAGAUGAAUAUUCAUAAUAAUAUGACAUUACUUGACAAGUUUAUUGCUAAUAUCUCGUGAAAUUGUUGGGUUUGGAAUAUAAUAAGAUGGCAAAAAGGUUCGGGAAACCGUCUAUAAACUGGGCUGAAUUAGACAAACGAGUACCUCCUGACCAGAAGCCGAAUUUUCUUGUUUUCAAAGCGAAAUCUGAGUCCUAUUGGAGACGGGUCAAUGCUAGUCCACCAGAACCACCGAAAAUUGACUGGGAAGCGUACAAAAAGACUGUCCCCAUUCCAGACUUGGUGGAUAAGUUCAAAACGGCAUAUGAGGGGUUUAAAGUACCAAUGCCCACUGACACCAUGUCGGCAAAAGUGGACGAGCAGUGGAAGUCCUUGGAGCCUCAAAUCAAGGCAUUUUGUGCUGAGCAGCAGAAAUAUAUUGAUCAAGCCACCAAGGAUCUGGCUGCAGUGAAUGCUCUGCCAAAAUUCGAAGAGAUGACGAUGGAGAUCUACUACGAUAUGUAUCCUGAAACCAGGUUCGACCCGGUGAGGAAGCCGACAUUUUGGCCUCAUAUAGCAGAAGAGCAACCCGGUUACAAGCCCCCAGCAACUCCUGCUGCAGCUCCUAAAGCCGCACCGAAAAAGUAGUUCCAAAAAACUGACCAAAUAUCACUUUGGAAAUGAUGUUUGAAAUAUAAUUCUAGAACGAAUUAUGUGUAUAGUUUU